GGCCCAGCCUAGACAGCACCAACGCGGAGAGCCUCAAUCGCAGUUGCUUAGCUGUGCUUCAAUCGUCAAUCAAGUCUGGGCAUAGGACGGGCUCAUCGCCUACAUCCGACACAGGACUGCCAACCAGCAACGCAUAAAUAUACCGAACAACAACGGCGUUACUUUCAACAAAUUCCACCCCUUCGUCCUUUGAUUGCAGAGGGUAAGCUCUCCCAUGUCUCUGCAUUGCUUUCACGCCUGUCACGCUUGUCUCGCCUCGACAACCGCCUUUGGCUAAUCAGCGCGUGAAUCUCAUCUCUCACCUGCCCCCGAAACUUCACACUUGAAACCUCAAACCUCGACAGCACUGUAGACGAACGUUGGACUCACGCUUUGCGAUGAAUCAUUGAGUCUAUGGCGCCAGUUGGAGGCAAUCAUUUGUCGCCGACGGCAACUUCAGGGUCGCCUGCGAAUGCCGACCACCAGGUUGCUGCGACAAAUUCCACCCUCACCACCUUGUUUGGCGGACGACAGCAUUCAUGGAUGACCGGAGCAGGACCGGUAAAGCCCAAGCCCCGUCUGACACAGCCGCUUGCCUCGAGACAGCAAUCUUCACAAUAUCAGAAUCCCCAAGACGGGCAAGUACAACCCACGAACCCACUGCCCGCCAAAACCACCACACAAGCAGUACGCUCUUCGCAUCACUUACCUUCGAGACCACCGCACCCUUCACACCAGAAUCCAUCUCAUAAGCUGCCUCCGCGGCCACCAGAACCUCUUAAACAACCACAAGUCGCAUUAAUGCAAACAUCUGCAAAGCUUCCCGUUGCGCCUGCAGUUCUUCCGUCACCAGCACCCAGUAAUGAACCUAGCCCAGCCGUGUCUGCAUCGUACGAAGCCACGAGCCCUUACAGAAAUCACUCACUCCCACCGGAAACACCAAGUUACGCCCCUGUUAUUGAAGCGCAUUUUGAGAUCGUUGCCGAUUCAGCGUCAGUUGACCGCACGACUCGGGCACCCGCAUCUGCUGCAGCAAAUGAACAAAGUUCAACUGAGGGAAAAGAAACUGGUAGUGCGGUGAGGACGCGUAGCUCGGCAGUCAUGACUCUCCAAACACCAACAACGCCCAAUUUGCCUUUGUUCAGUCCGAUGAUGGCCCCAGCAACCCCAAUUCAAGGGCAAAACCAGGAUCCGCCAGCAAAACGGAGACGCAUUGAGGAACCGCUUCAAAGGGAACCGCUUCAAAGGGAACCGCUGCAAGGCUUGCUUCAGAGUCUCCAGGCAGCAACGGCGAUUGAGAAUCAGAUUCGCACUCAGGGUGGAGAACAUGCACUAGAGGCUCUGGUUGAACGACCCAGAUACCAGCUUCUCAGAGAGGCAUGCACGCAGAAUGACAUUUUCUUUGUAGCAUUGCACCAACUGUUCUGUGCAUGGUCCACCAAUACCUCGUUGGCUCACCAAUUCUGCGUUCAGGGAGUCCACGAUCCAUCCCUAGUGGACAAUGGCUUCGGGAUUAUGGGGACGAUUCUUAAGAGUAACUCGAAGCUGAGACUCGAACAUCUGGAGUGGUUUGUGCGCUUUCCAGCCCAACUGCGCGUCAUGCAUAGCGACUUUCCGAUCUACGCCAAUGCCAUCAUCGCAGUGCUAGAUUUCUUGGUCCGCAUCUCUACGAAUUGGAUGGUGGUGAAUCACGAUCACAAGCGGUUAGGCUACCCGCUGCUCAUGGAUGAGCUGAUUGCUACCUUUGCACUUUAUUCACCCAUCUUGCAAACCAUUGUCUUCAGAGCAUCGAGAAGGACACUCGGGGUUAUUGAUGGACUGAUAGGGGCUCAGAUGGACGAGUUGUUCAGGCAAGAUCAACGAAAUCACAGUCAGGAAAACGGAACAUUUUUCAUGACAACCACAAAAGAUUUCCAGAAAGAGCCGUACAACAAUAACUUGAUACAGAAAUAUCAGAUGCUGGCCCAGUCAAUCUGGAAUGGAAUGUCCCAACAGGUUGCAUACCCAUCUACUUCAACAUCUCCUUCUCCAGCCCAGCAAUCCUUGACAAUGGCGACACCGCAAAUGAGCCCGCAGAUUCCCCAGGUCCCGAACGGCUUCAGGGCGGCAGGUAGGCAAGCGUCAGUAGUUACGAAUGCUGAAGGCCAGAUUGCGCAGACCUCUCCAGUAAACUCCCCGUUCCCCGUCACGAGUGCUGCCGGCGAGGAUUUCUUUGCGCCAGUCCCUAUACCGGCGCAGUAUCAACUGACCUCGAAACAAACACCUGGCGUACAGACCAACUCACCGAACAACGUGCACCUGUCUUGCACUCCACCAAACCAAUCGCCCGUUAUCAACCAAGGGCAGUUCGGUUCUUCCAUUCAACAAUACCUUGGAGCCAGCGGGAAUCAACUUCCUCCAAACUCCUCUGAUCCGCAGCAAUUCCCGCAACAAUUUCGGCUUAGACGUGCAUCCCAGCAUCUCACGCAAGCUUCCCAAGUCCACCAGCGUCUUAGCUCAAGGUCACCACAGAUUCAGAACGUGGACAUAUCUCUGAUGCCGAACGGUGCAGCACUGCCCAGCAUGUCAAGUCAGCAUCGCCCUGCACCUCAAAUUCAAAACACAAUGAACCAAUACCAGCAGAUGCAAUUUGGCGGACAUUCGUCACCGCGCUCACAUAAUGCGUCCAUAUCCCAUGGGAACGCACAGCCUCCUCUGCGUCGUGUUUCAACCACCUCAGCUGGAGCAACGCCGGCUCUCUCACCGGCAGGAGCUGCCAACGGUGUGUUCCCUUCCUCGCCAACCCUGUGGAAUACUGGCACAAACGUUACGGACUUAGUGCGUCAGAGUAACGUAUAUCCACAUUCAAUGGCCAACCGACAACUGCAGCAGGUGGGUGGCGAUCUUGCUGCUGUCGCCCGCGCACCCAUACACCGUACAAUAAAUUUGAACGAAUAUCCACAUGACCCUUACGAGCGGAAGUCGAUCGAAAUGUCUUUGCACCAAGUACACGUCAGAAGUCCGAAACGAAUGCUUCGUGAUUCGGGAUACCCCCAGAAUACAGAGAGACACUACCAGUUUGUUAAGUAUCUGGCACUGCAGCCUGUCCCGAUUCGUCCUCAUCCGUACCUGUACACCUUCCGGUUCAACAUUAGUGACGAGGAGUUUGGAAGGAUUUCUCCCAACGCGGUGCUUCAGCACGAAAUGCUGCCAGUCAAUAUCUUCUCGAACGGGUCGCUACGUGUUCGUUUGCGAUGCUGCCCACAAAAGACCGACACCGUGUCAAUAUCGGAGGAUUCAUGGGUGACGAACGAGACGGGUUGGCCGGAGCACUUCUAUGCGAAGCUCAAUCAGCACAGCUUGACAGUCAGGCGCAAGCAGCACCAUGCGAAAGACCAACCGGUGGAGUUGGGAUGUUUUAUCAAGCCUGGGGCAAACAUACUCCAGAUCCACGUGCCUGUGAGAAAACCAAUCAGGAUGGUGCCUUUCGUCGCCGUCGAGGUUGUGGAAACCCUUAGUCAUACCGCAAUCCUUGGCCUGGCAAACCUUCGAGCUGAUGCCGGGCUGUCCGCGGAGUGGACGCGACAAAUCAUUGCAAAGCGUCUCGGUGGCUCUAGCAGUAAUGAUGACAAUGAUAUUGCCAUGGUCGUCAGCGACUUGACUAUAAACCUCGCUGAUCCAUUCAGCUUCAUCAUGUUCGACAUUCCUGUCCGAGGCAAGAAUUGUCUUCACCUGGAAUGCUUCGAUCUUGAAACCUGGCUGAACACUCGGCCAACCAAGAAGGCAUGCACUUGUGGAACCAAGGAAUCCAGUUGCAAGUUCUGCCCUAAAGAGCCAACGUUUGUUGACAAGUGGAAAUGUCCUCUAUGUGCUGGCGACGCGCGUCCCUGCAGUCUUCAGAUUGAUGGCUUCCUCACUGAAGUCAGGGCGAAGUUGGCUGCUGAGGGUAAACUCAAGACAAAGCAAAUAAUGGUUUCCGCAGAUGGUUCUUGGAAAGCCAAGGUAGAGCUGGGAGACGAUGACAGUGGCACUGAUAGCGACAGCGAUAACACUCCGGCCACGGCUUCACAAUCUUGUACCCAGCCUGCGCAGUCUAAGGCGCCCGUUGAGGUGAUUACACUUGACGACUGA